AUACAGCUAAGUUUCCGUUUUCAAGGAACGGCCUUUAAUUUCAGUUUUGACUUCAGACUGAAAGAAAUACCUUUUAAACGUUAUACAGUAUACUGUAAUUCCUACCAAUGUCCGACAAAAGUGUAAUUGGGUAACAAUUUUACUUUUAACGUUAUACUUUACCUAACUUCCUGAGACUGCAAAAGGCAAAAUUAAGGAACCGAGGAAAAUACUUUGUCAAUCGGGUUACACGCAAAACAGCCAGUCCUCAAAUUAAUUCAACAUUUUCUGGAAAGACUCCACCUCUUCUUUGAUUGACAUGUUUCGAGCAAAUACCCAGCAAGAGCGUCGUGCUGUAACCAAUAUCAAGCGUGAAGCUGACAAAAAAAAAGGCACGGCGUCUCUGCGAUCUGUUUGUGAAAUACACGGUUGCCAGGAGAAGCUUGCAGUUGCUACGCAGUGACGUCACAGCCAACCGCCACCUGCGCAUGUGAUUGGCUGAUCCGAGUUUCCGGCGACAGUGUAAAAAAAAAACCGGGGGGUGGUUUUGUAACGUUUUGCAGUGUAAACACUGGGAUCAUACGUUUGUGACGAGAAGUUGGGGGGUCUUGUUGACAAGCAGAUUAAAGAUAAUAGUUUGUAUAGUAUCAGUACUGCUAAAUAAGUAACAAUAGACGAGGGGGUUAAACGGUGACAGCAUGGGAGAUGUCGGCUUAGAUUAUAACAUUGUUUUCCCCGAGCCGCACGUUUCAGAAAAACACUGGUAUGGGCAGAAGGAGCCAGUCGUGAUCUUGCUGGGCUGGGCAGGUUGCAAUGAUAAACACCUAGCAAAAUACAGCUCCAUUUAUAAUGAACAGGGUUGCAUCACGAUACGCUACACUGCGCCGUGGAAAGCUGUGUUCUUCUCUGAGCUUUUCGGCAGCAAGGAGCUCUCCUCCACCGCUCGGAAGCUCCUGGACCUGCUGUUCGAUUACGAGGUGGAGAAGAGCCCCAUUCUCUUCCACGUGUUCAGCAACGGGGGGUUCAUGCUGUACCGCUACAUCGUGGAGCUCUUGCACAGCCACAGCCAGCUGUGCACCCUGAGGGUGGUGGGCACGGUUGUGGACAGCGCCCCAGGGAACCGGAACCUGACGGGCUCUCUCCGGGCCCUGCAGGCCACCCUGGGGCCGGGGACCAACGUGGUGGUCCGGUGCGCGCUCCUGGUGCUGUUCGCCUGCGCCGUGGUGGUGCUGCGGAUCGUGCUGUACCCCCUGACCAGGCACAUCCACAGGAGCCACUACGACGCCAUGCUGGAGGACCCCUCGGGCUGGCCGCAGCUCUUCCUGUACUCCCGGGCCGACGCGGUCAUCGCCCCCGGAGACGUGGAGGCCAUGGCCCGGGCGCGGCGGCAGCGAGGGGGCGUCCGGGCGGAGAGCGUCGACUUCGCCACCUCGGGCCACGUGUGCCACUUCCGCGCCUUCCCGGAGGAGUACUCCGGCCGGUGCCUGGCGUUCCUGCGCAGCUGCCUGCGGGGCGAGGAGGAGGCCCCCGGGAAGAGGCGUCCCGCCGUCCCCGCCGACACCUCCUCCUGAGGGGAAACGCCGUUUUUGUU